AUGCCGACCGAGGAUAGCCGCGACACUCCGCACCAUACCCCCCGCGAGGGUACCUCCCGAAGGAAACCUUCGGCAGAUGUCAAUCUUCAGGUAGAGGUGGAGCUCCUCCGCGCUAGUGUUACCAAGAUAUCCGAGAAAUACGACCAUCUUCAUGCCAAUAAUGUUGAGCUCGAGCAUGACUACCACACCCUGAAGCGUAAUUGGGAGAAGGUGCAGGCCCCGGGUUCCCAACUUGAGUUUACCCAGGAUGUUGACCACACACAGCCAAGCCAGCUAGUGUCUUCUCACCACAGUGCCCUGGUCCAGCCUAGGCUCGGCAAGGGUAAAGGCCCUCUUUACCCAUAG